AUGCGGUCAUCUCUUUUGACGGGCGCCAUUGCGGCGGCCCUGAGCUUUUCCGGUUAUGCUGCCGCCGCCGACGCUGAGGCGUGGAAGUCCCGAUCCAUCUACCAGGUCAUGAUCGACCGUUUCGCUCGCGACGACGGCGGUUCGGUCGACUGCAAGCUGUACGAGUUUUGCGGUGGUACUUGGAAGGGCCUUACCAACAAGUUGGAUUAUAUCCAAGGUAUGGGCUUCGAUGCCAUCCAGAUCAGCCCCGUCAUCAAGAACGAGGAUAAGAACACCGCCGUUGGCGAGCCCUACCACGGUUACUGGUCGCAGGAUCUCACCCAGGUCAACCCCAAAUUCGGUACCGAGGAGGACCUCAAGAACCUCAUUGAUGAGAUCCACAAGCGUGACAUGUUCCUCAUGGUUGACGUUGUCGUGAACCACAUGGCGCAAGAGUUCGACAACGUUGUGCCCCCCAAGGUCGACUACUCCGUGUUCAAGCCGUUCAACGACAAGAAAUACUUCCACCCGUACUGCAACGUUACCGAGUGGGAGAACGCCACCAACAUCCAGGACUGCUGGCUCUAUCCCUAUGGCAUUGCUCUCGCCGAUCUCAAGACCGAGUCCCCCGAUGUUGUCAGCCUUUUCACCAAGUGGAUCAAGAAUCUCGUCUCGACCUAUUCCAUCGAUGGUCUCCGUAUCGAUGCCGCCAAGCACGUCAACGAUGAGUUCCUGCCCCAAUUUGUCCAGGCUUCCGGCGUUUUCGCUCUCGGUGAGGUUUUGACCGGUGUCACCGAGGACAUGUGCCGCUACCAGAACAAGUCCAAGAACCUCCUCCCCGGCAUGCCCAACUACCUCGACUACUAUCCCUUGAACGCGGCCUUCAACGGCGGUUCCUUUGAGCGCCUCGGCGAGAUCCGCGCCCAGGCCCAAGACAGCUGCAACGACACUCUUGCCCUCGGUACCUUCAUCGAGAACCACGAUAUGCCUCGCUUUGCCAGCCAGAACCAAGAUAUGGCCCUCGCCAAGAACGCCAUGACCUACGUUAUCAUGAACGACGGUAUCCCUACUGUCUACCAAGGUCAGGAGCAGCACUUCACGGGCGGCGCGACCCCUGAGAACCGCGAGCCCCUCUGGAGGUCCAGCUACAACACCUCGGCGCCCCUCUACGUUCUUGCCCAGACCCUCAACAAGGUCCGCAAGAACGCCAUCAAGCAGUCGCCUACCUACGUCAAGCAGACGUCCAAUGUCCUGAUUGCCGACACCAACCACUUCUGCCAGCAAAAGGGCCCCGCCGAGAACUCGGUCGUGUUCUGCGUCACCAACAAGUCGUCCAAGGGCGACAGCUACCAGAUGUCCGUUGGCGGCUUCCGCGACUCUGACGAGGUUGUCGAGGUCCUCAGCUGCGCCACGACCACUGCCGACGGCCUCGGCCAGAUCACCGCCUACAUGGGCGCUGGCGAACCCAAGGUCUGGGUCAAGAAGUCUGCUCUUGAGGGCACCGAUAUCUGCACCAAGACCACCGUUGACGGCCCCAAGGAGGAGAAUGGCGCUGUCUCCAAGGGCGCCGCCACCGGUGUCCUGAUGGCUGCCGUUCUCGGAACUGCUAGCUUGCUCCUUUAA